UCGGUGCUGAAAUUCUUGCGUUUCAUGCAUAAUAUUUUCAAUUGACUUGCAGAAAUUCUCGAUAUUUUUUGUUAAAACGAUAAGAUCGGGGAAGCAGAUAGAAGUUUUUGGUAGGAUAUUAUCUUUGACAGCAAAUAUGAGUGAUGCUCGGCGAAAGCGCCAAGUCGGAACAGCGAAAACGCGUUCUGAAGUUGGUGCCGGAGCAAGGUCUCAACCAGGGCAACAGAGUGGCAAUCACAGGGGAAGAAAUAACAAUGCUCACAAUGGAAACGUGAGGAUGAGCACUUCUGACCAUGUGAAGCGGAUCGUACAGGAGGAGGGCAGGACAGCGCGUAAUCUUGUGAUCUAUCAUGUACCUGUGCAGGAAAACCAAGCUCAUGAUCGUUCCCGUCCCCGUCAUGUGCGGAAGCCCCUACACAAGGAUCAGUCCGACCUGAAGGCCAGCCAGAAGUCUGACCUGACUAAGUCCCCCAAGUCUGAUGGAGGCAAGAAACCCGACCUGCGGGCUCGAUACUGGAAGUUCCUGUUUGACAACUUGCAGAGGGCGGUGGAUGCCAUCUAUGAGACUUGUGAACAGGAUGAGAGUGCUCUAGAGUGCAAGGAGGUGAUAAUGAUGUUGCAGCAGAGUACGAAGGACUUCCAAUCUCUGAUAGAGAGACUGCAUGUCCAGAAAGAGUACGAGCAGGCCACCAAGGAUGGAGAUAGGCCAACAUCGAUAGCAUGGGAGGUGCGUAAAAUGUCACCAGGGAAGUCUCCCAGUGGCCUAGGUCACCGGACCUCCCCCAGCCCUGCACAGAGGGUCCUCAACUUCUCCUAUCCUGACCAAGGCAGGGGCCAGAAACAGGGAAGUACCCCUGUAGGCAACAGCUGGGCUGACCGUGUGAAGGGUACGGUGACAAGUCCCGCUCCAUCCACAGGAAGUGAUGUCACCCCAGACAAGGGGGAUCACCCUGUCCUGCCUGAACCUCCCAUACUCUCCCCUGUCCCCUCCUCACUCACGGAGUCGGACUCGUACAGAGAGAUCAAUGAAUCUGAGGAUUCCGAUGGCUGGGAGAUGGUACAGCGGAAGGUGAAGCCGUAUGGCUCUCCCUCCCAGCGAUCCAUGGAAAACCUGUCUACCAUCACCAAAAUAGAGCACCAAAAACUGACUCGGUCUGUUUCUGAGCCGUACACGGCCGGACAGGCACUCCAGAAGAAACUGGCUCACACUAAAGGCAGUCCUAAGGAGUCUAAACUUGUGAACGGAAGAACAGCUAGGAAGUCUCCUGUUAAGAAAGAUAGUCUUGUUAAUGGAGAGAAGAAAGAUACUGUUGUUAAUGAUAAGCCAGUAGUUGUUAAUGGUGAUGUAAGUGUGAAUUCUGAAGGACAGAAAGAUUCAUCUGACAAAAGUAAAGACAGUGCUGUGUCUGUAGACAAGAAAACAGACCUUAAAAAACCUGAAGCUGUGAUAAAUAGAUCUCAAGGAAUGACAAGGAAAUCCACCGACAGUAUAAGAAAGUCUGGAAGUGACAGUAGUAUUACAGACACUGGGAAGAAACCCUCAGCUGGAGAUUCUAAAGCAGUGACAAAAACCAAACCCAUGUCUGGGAAAAAAACACCAACACAAAAGACUGAUACCUCAAAAUCUGUGAAAAAAUCUGGAAGGAAAUCUCCAGUGCCUAAAGGUUCAGAUAAGGAUAUUGGAAGUGGCAAAAAGUCUCCAAAGAGUAACUCAUUAGAAAACAUCAAGGAGACGGAUGAUAAGAGUGCAGUUGUUGAGCCUGUUGUGGAGAAUGAGAUGGAAAUUAAGGUUGAAAUGUCAACAUACAGUGACGAUGAAUCUGAGAGGAAAUUGGAUGAUGCUUUAGCAUCCGCAGAGAAGGCAGAGACGAGUCUGACAGAUGAACUGGCGAAGGAGCAGGCGAUAGAGACAGCCAUUGCUGAGGAGGAGACAUGGCUGAAGGAACUUGCCAAGGAGGAGAACACAGUCAUCGAUGUGGAGACAGAGACUGAGAGUGAUCUAGGGAAUACGAUGAGUUCUCUCGAUUUGUCAACUCCUGGGAACCUAGACUGGGAUGCCAUGGUGGCAGAAUAUGAUGCUGAGGAGAAGGCUGGAGUGAAGAAGAACUGGGGUGAAAUGGCGGAGGAGGACACGCGCACCCCAGGGUACGCUGUCCACAUGCAUGAGAAGCUCUCAUCACCUUCAAGGAAACGAUCCCCCACAGAGUCCAAAAAGCGCCAUGAAGAGAAGCAGGCCAAGGCCCAGGAGCUGAGGGACAAGUUCAUGCAGGAGAAGGCUGAGAGGCUCAGAGUGAUUGGUGCCAAGGUUGAGGAGGUGCGGGCGUUGAAGGAGGAGCUGAUGAAGCAGAAGCGGGAUAUGAUUGAGAGGAAGAUGGCCCAGGCCGAGGAGAAGAGGCAGAUCAUGCUCAAGUCCAAAGCCAAGAAGGCUCAUGAUGAGGAGGCCAAGGCCAAUGAGAUAGCAUUUAUCAACAGCCUAGAGGCUCAGAACAAGAGAUUGGACAUCAUGUCGAAACACCAGGAGUCGGAGGCCAGACUGCAGGAUCUCAUGGAUGAACGCCAGCGUAAGCACGAGGAAAAGUUAGCGAAGGAGGCUGCAGUGGAGGAAAGACGGAGGGCGCUGCAAGCUGACCGACUCACGCGGCUCCAGGAGAUCAAGGAGCGACGCAAGACUAAGGACGCCCGUGUGGAACAGCAGAUGGCUGAGAGGGAGACAGAGAGAAUUGAGGCUCUUCGGGCCAAGGAGAAAGACCGAGAGGAGCGUCUAGCUACACUCAGCAAACAACAUGAGGCACAGAAACAGGAACUUCAGAAGAAAAUACAACAAAAGCAAGAGGGAAGCUCUGCUCGUCACAUGGAGGCUUUGAAACAUAUCCGUGAGAAAGCGUUUGAGAUGAGCAUCCUGCGACACUCAACGGAGGACCAUAACGAUGCCCCACAGAUCACACCUUACCCAGUCAAGAAAAUGUGCACUAUCUGUAACACACUGAUCCUGUCAGAAGUGUACCUGUUGAGCCAUCUGCGAGGGAAAACUCACCAGCAGGCACUCAAGCACAAUAACAACGGCAUGUCUAUGACCAAACAGGAAAUUGAAUCAUUUAACUUGGCACACAUAGUAAAUGCUCCUGACAACAACACCCACCCGAAGAUUGUAUCGGAGAAAGAGCGCAUCAAGGCUCAGAAGAAGCGCUGCAAGAAACUGAAACAGAGAAUGAACUCCAGGGGUUUGGAAUAUGAGAACACUGUACAAGGGAAGUCACCUCUUGUGGAUUCAGAAAAUAAAGCCAAGAUACAGAAGAAUAUCCGGGACAUCAACAAGUACCUGCAGUCACCAGAUAGUGGCCCAUGGUCCCAGCCCCGGGUCUCCGCCCUAGAUAGGGCACUCGGGGAAUUAAAUAGGAUCUUUGAGAAAAAGAUUGUAGGAGACCAGAACAGUUUCCGUCACCUGGGUGGGCUCACCAGCCUGUGUAGGAUCAUCCAGCUCGUGGACACUUCCAACAUACAGGCCACACCUCCCAUACCACAGAAGUCGCUGGUGUUGACAUGUCAGGUGUUGAGGCAGGCAGUGAAGGGUCACUAUGACAACUGUCACUACAUGAUGUUCAGCAACAAGAUUGGCCUUGUCAUAGAGUUCACCAUACACCAACUCACACUGAUGUUGCCUGGGGAGUCAGUCACCCCCACUACCCAGAACCCGCUGAUGCCUGAACCGCCCACACUCCCGUACAACCUGCUGGGGCUCAGCCUCCAACAGCUCCUAACUGUCAUCCUGAACUGCCUCGCGAAAAACUCGCCCAACACAAAGAGUUCGGAGGCGUCACUAGUGAGGAUGAGCAACACUACUGAUGCCUUUACUUCCCGCGGCAACGACAUCAUCAGCUUCAUCAUCAGUGUGGGGAUUGUGGACAAGUUGACACAGUACCUGCGGCUGGUCCAGGGCCCUAUAGACAAUAACAAGGAUGCCGCAGAGUUCAUCCAGCACAGUCUUGGCCUGCUUGUCUCCCUUACAAAGUUCCUUACUGUCAGAAUUAGAAUGAGGUUGUUCGAACCCAACUUUGACUUGCCAGGGACGAUCAGACGAUCGUUAAUGUUGAGCCCUACACUGAUAGACAGACCUCUCAGGUAAAAUAAUUAUAUAGCAUGUAUGUCCGCAAAGACGCAUAUGUUCAACUAAAUGCGCAGGCGAUGUCUAUUGGGUUAUAGACACACAUGUAUUACUUAACUCACAGGCGAUGUUUACUGGGUGAUAGGCACAUAUGUAAUAAUAAACUCACAUGCGAUGUCUACUGGGUGAUAGGCACACAUGUAUUACUAAACUCACAUGCGAUGUCUACUGGGUGAUAGACACACAUGUAUUACUAAACUCACAGGCGGUGUUUACUAGGUGAUAGGCACAUAUGUAAUACUAAACUCACAUGCGAUGUCUACUGGGUUAUGGACUCAAACAUUGUUAAAAAUAUUUUCCUCAAAAGUACUGACAGUUCAAAAUAUUGAAACAAACGUAAGAAGGUAAUUUGUUUUAAGCUCGACAUAUUAAAGAUUAAGGAGGCCUAGUUUAAGUUUUGUCGUAAAUUGGAAUUUUUAGUCAUAUUUCAUAACCAUUCAUUCAAUUGACUUCCAUUCAGUUGAUCAGGGCAAUCAGACAAUCCAGUUAGGCAACUCUUAUGGUGCUAAAUACAACUUAUAUCCAAUGAAUGACAUAAGAAUUUUGUUAACAUUUAAGGGCAAGUUUUGGUUUCAAAUCGUUUGUAAAAAAAAGAAGGUUUGUUCACUUAUGACAGUUGUUUAGGGCCAUGAGAGAUUUAAGUUAGAUGACUUUGUAUGAUCAUGAACACAAGUUAUGGCCCCUGAUUGAUUUAGAAACUCGGGUUAAAUUUAUUUAGCAUGUUGGGGUUUUCAUAAAAAAUGCAUGCUAUUCAGUUAUAUAUCUCAUAGACAGAGUGGCGUAUACCGUACACAAGGGGGCCCUUUUACUCAUUGGAUGUUGACACAGUGCUGAUUUUUUUCUGUCUGAUUCACAGUGUUUUAGCCAUCUUGGUGGGCUUUUUUGUUUAUUAAUUCAGAAUGUUAACAUGAUGGAAUCCCUUGUUUUAUUGUAAGUUUGUUGCAAUUAGGUAAUGUUUUGGUAUAAUUUUUUAAAAUACUGACAAACACCAUACACUAAUUGCGUGCAUAAUCUUUGUUUGAUCUUCUACCACAGAGACGCACUUUAGUGAUACAAGGGAUUAAGCGUGAAAAUAAGUCCAUAUUCAUAAUUAGUUUUCAUAAUUUCCCACUUUUAUAAUGUCUUUAUAUCAUCUGAUAGUGGUAACAAGCAUAUUAUGAAAUGAAGCAAUCAUGUAACACCAAAUAAUUGCGUGUAACCUUAUAUGGAUUUCGUUACGACGGUCUGCCUUUAUGCUCAUAAAAACAUCAUUAAGCAUUUUAAUUGCAAUAAGGUUUUUUGUGAUAAUCAAACCUACCAGGUAUCAUUGCAACACUUCACAGGAGUAUUAAUGUUUUAUAAGCACAUUGCUCGAUCAUAAAUAUUGAAAUGACAAAGAGUACUUGAGCUGCUACAUCUCCAAAUACGGCACAACAGAUAUGGCAAGUGUUGAGUGCCACCUAGUCUGAGACUAGUGCUAAUGUGCACACGUUAUAUCUUGCCUCCAUUAGCUGCACGAGAUAACCGUGCCAUCUGACACUUUGCACAGAACCUAGGAGCCCGGGACAGACAGAGAUACCCUCUCAUCUGAUGAUGAUGGUCGUAUGCCAGCAUAUGGCGGUUGAUGGGCAGUGCCAAUAUACCCAUGGUUGUGUCAUUUGUUUGUAACAAUGGGGCUUCCUGGAAAAAUAAUUUCUUAUCUCAAUGGUACUUUAAUAUUUUCACCCUGUGUUGAGGUUGAUGGAUUAGUUUGAAUCCAAAUGCAAUAAAUUCGGCAUUUUUAAAAGAAGAUAUAACCAUCAUUAGAGUACAAACAAAUUAUCACCUCUCAAAAAAAAGAGCCAUUCUUUCCUGAACUUGACUGAAAUACUAUUAUUGCUUCAAUUAAAAUAACCAUGCUUGUUUGCAUAUUCAGGGUAAUGGUCAUUUGUAUUUUAUGUCAUGGUGGCCAUAAAGUGCAUCGCAGGCCUUUUAUGGUAUUAAAACUGCCCGUCUCAAGCUAUCCAGUUUGGUGGUCAUCAACUGGAAGGAAAAUACAAAUUAUGGAUAUUAUACCAGCAUGAUCGCUGACCAAUAACUCCCUGGAUGGUCUUUACAUUUAAUUAGCCUGGACCCUGUGUGGGUCAAAGGUCCCAUAAUAAUAUUUUCAUUCCUAUUGCGGUUGGGGAUGAUUUAUUAGGGGUCGGGCAUGUUCCCCUAUUGUUAUAUUUAUGACCAAACAAUGAUAGCAAAUAAAAUAAUCACGCCUGAUUAUUACAAACCCAUUUGCUGAUUGCAUUUUAUGUGGCAAUGUGUAUUUUUGGUCUUUCCCCUUUCUUCGUACGAAAAUAUGGUGACCAAUUCACGUCUGCUGAAGAACCACAAAGUGGUGUUCACCCUCUCAAAGCUAUAAUCAAUUUGACAAUGAAGCACCCUACUAGGUUUUCCCUAAUUUACUUAUGAGCUGGGAAAACCAUAGAGAAAAAAGGAGACAAAAAAGCAUGCAAUUUUCACCAUGUUUUGAGGGGACUUCAGCACACUCUAUGAUAACUCAAUAAAUGUUGCUUCUAUGAUUUCAGAAAAUUUUCGGAAUGUCGUCACUAAUCUGUGAUGUAGGAAAUUAUAAAUGACAAAUAAGAUAAUGGAAUGAUUGGGUUUGAGGGACAAAAGGAAGCUUUGUUUGUAAAUCUCGGGGUAGUGUCUGCCUCAGGCCUUUAGCCGUGCCAAUGCUAGGAUUUGCAGGGAUGUUCGGCCAUAUGGUUCUGUAAUUCUAGAAAAUUGUUUGAUUAAUUCUCUUAGGUCUUGUCACCAGAAGCAAACAGACUCUGCUAAUGCAGAUUGAAGUUCGGUAAUUUAAAAUGUAUUUAGCUUUGACUUUCCUGAGUUUGUGACUGAUUUGGUUAUCCAGAUGAAUCUUGCCUGAGUGAAUUGUUCAUCUACCUUUGAAGGUGAACAUCUUUGAUCGUUAAUGAACUGUUAAAAAUGCCCGAAGAAAAGCGUGGUUUAAUUAAAGUCUUGUGGGUUUUUAUCUUCCUUCAUAAAAUGUUGUAAAAGUUAUUUUAAGUACCGGUACUUUAUAUAUUUUGUUAAUUGUUUACUUAUCUCCGA